AUGGUCAAGCAGAAAAACCACACGGCCCGUAACAACACGGUGAAGGCUCAUCGUAAUGGUAUCAAGAAGCCGAAGAACCACCGUUUUCACUCUACACGUGGACUCGACCCAAAGUUUUUGCGUAACCAGCACUGGGCCAAGAAGUUUGACAAGAAGCACCGCAAUCGCAAGAAUAAAAACAAGGAGGAAUAA